AUGAGUUGUCCCGACUGCUACCGCGGCGGCGUGACGACCGAGCACCCCAAGGGCGAGGAGAAGACGAUCCACGGCCGGCCCACCUACGUCGCGCAGCCGCCCCGCGGCACCACGCCCAGGGGCAUCAUCCUCUUCCUCCCCGACGCCUUUGGCUGGCGCUUCCCCAACAACCGCGUCCUCGCGGACCACUACGCCUCCCGCGGAGGGUACCUCGUGUACCUGCCUGACUUUAUGGACGGCCACGCGGUCCCCGCGCACGGGCUCGCCGUCAUGGACAAGGUCCUGGCGCCCGCGGCCACGUGGGCCGACACGCUGCUCUGGAAGCCGUGGUACGCCGCGCAGAUGGUCCCGCUGAUGCUUGACUUUGUGUGGCACUGCCGCCAGGUCGGGCGCAAGGGCGUCGUGUUCGACUUUGUCAGGAAGCUCAGGUCCUCAUCGGCGCCGCUGCGCAUUGGGGUGGCCGGGUUCUGCUGGGGUGGCAAGUUGGGCACGUGGCUGGCGCAGGACGAGCCCAGAGGGAGGAGGAGCCGUCCGCCGCCGCCGCCGCUGGUGGACUGCGUCUUCACCGCGCACCCGUCCUUCAUGUCCGUGCCGGCCGACUACGAGGCCGUGUCGCUGCCGCUGAGCGUGGCCAUUGGCGACACCGACAUGGCCAUGCCGGCCGGCAAGAUCCGGCUCAUGAAGGAGACGCUCGAGGGCAGGGACGAUGCCGGCGGCCGAUACGAGGUCAGCAUCAUCCCCGGGGCGAAGCACGGGUUUGCGGUGCGCAGCCACCCGGACGACGAGCACGAGAUGGCGUGUGCGCUGAGGGCCGAGGACCAGGCGCUUGCGUGGUUCGACAAGUGGUUGGCUAGGGACUGA